GUUUUUGGCUAAUGUAGACAAUGGGGCAAUGCUCCCUGCCAGUCUCUGUGGUUGUAUUCAGUUAAAAGUUUUGCCACCACCAGAAGCGUAAUUAGACAGAGCCUCCUGGGGUGUAGACAUGGACGUGCCUUGCUACCUGCCCAAACUGCUCUUUGAACUCAAUGAGCAGCGUAAGCGGGACUUCUUCUGUGACUGCAGCAUCCUUGUGGAGGGCCGUGUCUUCAAGGCCCAUCGUAACGUGUUGUUUGCAGGGAGUGGCUACUUUCGGGCUCUUCUGGUUCAUUAUCUGCAGGAUAAUGGGCAGCGCUACAGCACAGCAUCACUGGACAUUGUUACGGCUGACGCCUUCUCUAUUAUCCUGGAUUUUCUUUACUCUGGCCGCUUGGCCCUGAACAGGAGCAAUGUCAUUGAGGUGAUGUCGGCAGCCAGCUACCUGCAGAUGACUGAUCUGGUGAACUUUUGUAAAGGAUACAUCCGCUCAUCUUUGGAAAUAUGCAACAAGGACAAGGAGAGUACCACAGAGACGGAGCACCAGUCACAGAAUGGAAGGAUGGGUCCUGCGGAUAGCGGCAGUCCUCCUGCGACUAUCUCUAGUGGGGCAGGGGCUGCACAGCCUCACUCACAGGUUGCAGGGGCAGAUAGAGGGUCGGAUUUGGGUCCGGAGUCUGUUACCUCAGCUAAAACCCCUUUGUCUCUCCCUGUUAGUAACCCUCCAGGCAUCAGCAGGGACAUGGACCGGGACUACCAUUCCAGGGAGGAGUUUACAUCUGUUAGUGAAGGACAGAAGGGGCACAUGGAUCAGACAAACCUCUCAUCCUCCUCAUCCUCUGCUUUGACCCCAGAGUUAGUAAAUCCAAAGAUAGAGUAUGACCCCGAUGAGGAGCUUAUGGAGUCCCCUGAUACCAAAGACCUCGCCUCAUAUCCUGGGCCCUCCCUCCAUAAUCCUCAUCAUAGCAGGCUACUUCCCCCAAGCCCCUCCCCCUCCAACGAGCGCUCCCCAUUGGGAUACAGCCCGUCCUUUAAUACCCGGCAGCUGAUGGAGAUGCUGGCCAGAGGAGAAGGCCCCAGUCCUCUAGGGGACCGAGUGGGGCAGCGCUUUACCCAAGGACUCAGUAGUAGCACAGGAGGAGGAGGGAGAAUGGAUGAAGGUUUAGGAUAUAUGGGAUCAUCCAUCAUGGAGAUCCAAUCUGAUUGGCUUGGAGAAGACACAGGUGAUGGCUUGGUAGUGCCAGUUAAACUCCACAAGUGCCCCUACUGCCCGUACACUGCCAAGCAGAAAGGAAUCAUGAAGAGACACAUUCGUUGUCACACAGGAGAGCGACCCUUCCCCUGUCCAAUGUGUGGCAAGAGGUUCACGAGGCAGGAGCACCUCCGCAGCCACGCUCUUAGUGUCCACAGACACUACUGGUCAGUAUCAUGCAAGAGCUGCAGGCGAACCUUUACAGGAGCCAGUGUUUCUCCAGGACUCCGACGCUUCAGCAUCUGCGACAGCUGCAACUGUGUGACCACCACUCAUGAUGAUUCUGCCCCUGUUCACCCUACCGGCCAACCCGAGCCUAUGGACCGUGCAGACUGGUCCAGUUUUAUGGAUGAUGUAGACGAGGUGGAGGUUGGCAGAGUGGAGGACUUGGUGGAGAAACAGAUGCUUGAAAGACAGCUGGAUGUCUGUACUGAUGUAGGUCACACACUGUGAAUCUGAAAUCCACUGUACUCUGAGAAGAAAAAACAUUCCUUGAACUGUUUCUGCUGUUCUUUUUCCAACUGUGGCCAUACUGUUAUUCAUAUUAAAUUAUUACUAGGGGUGUGACGAUACACUGAGCUCACGAGAUGAGACAUGAUAUUGGGUUCACGAGAUCGAGAAGAGACAAGAU